GGGGCAUAAACCAUAACGGAAAAACAAUAAUUUAUCUUCUAUAUAUAUUUCUUUUCUCUCUGAAGAAGAACGCAGGUUUCCUAUUGAGAGGACUGUGAAAGAAAAAGUGAGACACUUUAAGGCAGAUUCAGCGCAUAGGCCUACCUUGCAUCCCACGGGGGACAUGAUCCUGGCGGUAUUCAGAGAUGGCCCUGCGAUCCUCGGCCUGCUCGCCUGGUGUCUUUUGUGCACAGUGUCCCUGCUCCCGAUAUCAGUGGCAAAGCAAGAUGGCGAAGUAGCGGGAGUGGUCCUUCGUGAAGUCAGCAGAAAGCACAGAGCUUUUACCGUCUUUGCUUAUACACAGGACAACUGUACCUCUUACAAUGGAACCACGCGCGAGAACGCUUACAUCAGGGCCUGUGAAGGCCACUCUCUUCCCUCUGAAUCCAUUUUCCUUUGUAAGGAAUCGAAAUAUUGUCCGCGUGUCACGGACAAGUCCGAUGCCUGUUUCAGCGUGACGGUCGGAAACGAAAGCGCAGUCAUCAAAUUUCCUGCAACUGAGGAGGUCGCCUUGGCACCUAAGGAUGUCUAUGUUUUCAAUAAUUGGACACAGAAAGGCAACACAUCCGAAUUGGUCGUUAAGCGGAAUAAAGACAUGGAUUACAAACUCGAACUCAUCCCAGUUCAAAGUCAGCAAGAACGUCAAGAAAUCGACACUGUUUUGUACCAGAACAGCUCACUGAUCUUCCAGGUACAAUGGGACAACCUCGAGUACAAGAGUUACUACGUGUCUAUUCUUGUGGUCAACUACUGUAAUGCUCGAGUGAGGGAAUUUGACGGCCCGAGGCUUCACUACGUGCCAGAAGCGGCGCAGGUUGGAGGCAGCAGGCCCGGCGAGGAGUCUCCGGCGCGCCCUUGGCUGAAGCCUCUGGUGGCGGCGGCGGCGCUGGCGGCGGCGGCGGCGCUCGUGGUCCGCAGAUGCACGGGCCGCCCCAGGUGCACGGCUGCCUCGGGCUCGCCCCCGCGCACGCGCCUGCCGCGGACGCCGCCGGUCGCCGCCGCGCCGACUAAGGCCGUUCUGCUUGUGUACGCAAACGACGUGAUUCCGCAAGCAAAGAAGCUUCUCGAAGAACUCAGAGAGAAAACGACUUGUGAGAUUCUUGAUCUGCAUGAUGUCUACGAUUUCGACAAACUGCAUGACUCGGUGGCGUGGCUGGUGCGUGGCCUUCGCAACCCGGCCGUUCUGAAGAUCCUGGUGGUUUCCGAAGAAGGCGAGAGACUGCAGAAUCUCCACAGGUCUUCCGGGAGGAGUCUUGUGCAGGAUGGGGACCAGGUGCCACAGGGUAGCUCCUCCGGCGCCGAAGGAGGGAGAGGGCUGUAUGGCAGUUCAAGUUCCCUUCGUCAGGAUCUUGAGGAAGUCGUCUCUCCUCUCGCACUUCCAGAGUCGCGGAAUGAAGAUUCUGAGACUUGUCCACAUCCUCGAGAGAAAGGCUGUAUUCUGCCAGGCAGUUCGACGGAGAACGAGAGUGAGUCUGGGGGAGAAAGACCACUCGGCGAGGAAGGCAAGGAAAUGGCUUUGGGAUUCCUGUACGACUACAUGAUCCAUAUACAGGAAUCCUCAUGUUUGUUCAAAGACAACCUUGUCUACAAAGCCCAGUUUGCGGACGGGCCCCUGGAUCGGGUGACAGAGAGCCGCCUCUUCCUCCUCCCGCGCCAAAGCCACUUCCUCGUGCAGGCAAUCAACGCGUUUGUGGCCGGAGAGUGAGUGCGGGAAGACCCAAAGGCCUUGGUAGUGUGUUGAAGCUUUCAGUCCACUAAAGAAGACGGGAGCGGGAGCGUCGGCACCCUCGCUUUUGUCGACUGAGGAUUUACUCUGUGUGCGUGUGUGUGUGUGUGUGUGUGUGUGUGUGUGUGUGUGUGUGUGUGUGUGUGUGUGUGUGUGUGUGUGUGUGUGUGUGUGUGUGUGUGUGCGUGCGCGCGCGCGCGAGCACCUGUUUUGGUGUCAGCACAGUAACACAGAGAAUAUACAAUAUGUAUAUACACUGUUAAAUGUUCCAUUCGUCAAUAUGAUGAGAAAAGUUACAGCGCCUGACACUUGAAGUUGUAUAGAUGCUUACUGAUCAAAUAUGGACGAACCUUUUUGGCAGGUGGGAGUAGAGGAAAGGGCUUUGAAAUGAAUAUGUCAAAUAUGAUAUUGUCUAUUUAUUUGUAUUUUGGAUAUUCAUGAUUGUAACCUGCUACUAAUGAUCCUUUGGGUGAUAAAACUAACAACACGUAUCUCUCAAGAAUGGACUGUAGCAAGAGCUGUUGACAAAUUCUACUGGCAACAGAUUUGAGAAUUUUGUUAGCAAGCGCGACUGUAGCCUUCAUUUCCAAUGGCCUGAAGUUGUCUGAAAGCGGGUUAGAUUUGACUGAUCCGCUUUAGGACGCAUGACUGGACGCGCCUUUCCACUUUUGGCUCCGCCCUAUUACAUAAGUUUAGUUUGCUUUUUAUUUUAUUGAUUUUUCUGCACCAUUACACACUGCUUUGAGUUUUCUUCAUACUGUAAAUUCACAGCUGAUAUAAAAUGCAAGCACAUUCUAUCUUUAAAAUGUAAUUAUAGCUGUUAUAGUAAGCAACCCCAAAUCAGUAGUUCUGUCGGACUAUUAAAUUUGAAGAUAUCAUUAUUAUUGUUCUAUACGAAUUAUAUAUACGUUAUGGUAUGACUUUACUGUUCUGUUAUUAUAUUUCACGAGCAUUACAACUAUUUUCAUGCUUGUUCAUUCAUUUUCAUCACAGAUCAGUUAUUAUAAGAAGCCACGCCCAAAGCAUAGCCCCGCCCCUUGAUUCCUGUCAUAAAAAAGUGUCAUGACGGCUUUUAAAGAGACCUCUGCCUUCUAAUUGAAAAGAGAUUAUGAAUUCAUUUGGCUUGGGUGUUGUGGGUGACACAACCUAGCCAAAAUAUCUAUAAGACAUUGAAUUGGAUUAAUUUAAGUAGGACAAGGUAUUUUCUUUUGAUUAUUCUGAGAGAAUUAAGUUGAGCUAAUGGAGGUCCUAAAAGUGAUGGUUCCUGUAGGUUGCCGGGCCAUAGCCGAAAGCCCGGGCGAAGCUAGAACUUCGCAAAUCGCACUGCUCCUCUAGGUUUCCCCGAGGAUGGUUCUGGCGUGAUCUUCCCAUAACCUGAGAGAUUACAGUUGGAACAAGUUACAAAUGCCGUGUUCUUAAGGCCCGGACGUCUUGGGAAAACAGAAGAAUUUAAGUACCCUCUAAACCGACUGUCUGCGCUGAUAAGAACUAGCCACGCUUUGGGGUAUCGGGAAAAGGGUAUCACGAGAUUCGCCUGUUUGAAGAUAUGCCACAGAAGAUUAGGGCGAAAUGAUAACAUCGCUAAAAACAGGGAGCUGAUUUACUACUAUAUUUGCGCCGCUUCUGAUACUUCUGCAAUGCAAUGCGCCUUGCUUUCUCUAUUCGUAGGCGACAUCACGUUCUGUUGGUUGAAUAUGCAUUUGCAAGCACUAACUAUUAAAUGCACGCACAAUAUAACAAUCCUGUAGUUAUACUGUAUCAGUCCCCCUCUUUUUCAAAAACCUUAGGAGAGAAAAAAUCACAAAUCACCUGAAU